AUGCCAGUCGUAUUGACACCAUUGGAAGGAAGAAAUUUUGGAGCCAAAGUGACCCUACCUGAAGGAUGCAACGACCCAAGUGAGUUAUCUGAAGUAGAUUUCAAGACUCUGUAUGAGGGUUUACACAAACACUUGGUUCUCGUAAUUCCGGCAAUGGAGAAUUUAUCCCCAAAAUCGCAAUGGAAGUUAACAACUUUGUUUGAUUCAACUUGUGACAGAACUGGUGCAGCCUACGGCCACGGUAAAGAAUUCCGCCACGACAAAUCCGUUUUGAGAAAGGACGGUACUUCAGUGCCCUCCCAACCACAGGUCCAAGUCUUGGGCCAAGGGUUUUGGCAGGCUGGCCAUGAAGGCCUAGGGGAUGUCAAUUUGAGACAUCCAGUCCACUUUGAUUUCCAUAGGGAUCCACUAACUGAUGAAGAAGCUCAUGAAAAGAACAUGACAAGGUUUUACAGAUGGCAUAUUGACUCCGCGUUAUAUGGAUUAUCGCCACCAGUUUGUACAACACUUUUGGGUAUCCAUGUUCCACCUUCCACAAAAAAGCAAAAAAUUGUGUAUGACGACGGUGAUGAGCUGGAAGUUAAUCAAGGUGCAACCGCCUUUGUUUCAGGUGCUACGGCCUUCGACUUAUUAUCACCCGAAGACCAAGAGAAGGCCCUUGGUGCCACAGUUGUUUAUGCACCUCAUCCAUAUAUAUUCAUUUCACCAGCUAAAGCUACCUCAGACGGUUUGACAAUGGUGUCCGAAAAGAAGGAAAUGCCAUUAGAUGAGCUUCCACCAUGGGAAGAAUCUAAAAUUAAGAGGCUACCAUUAGUUUGGACAAACCCUGUCACCAAGAAACAUCAUUUACAAGUUCACGGCUGUUGUAUAUAUCAGUUGAAAUUCGCUGAUGGUACCGUUUUAGAUUUGGAAGAUGCUCGUAACGCUGUUCAUAAAAUGAUGAGACCUGCAAUUGCCUCAAAGUACGUUUACGCCCAUAAUUGGGAAGCUGGUGAUUUGGCAAUCUUCUUUAAUAGAGGUGUGUGGCAUUCUGUUACUGGUCAAUUUUCUCCCGGAGAAAAGAGAUUGAUGCACCAGUGCAACAUUGCAUCUGGUCAAGACCCAUUUACGUUGACCGAUAGAAGCGGCUUAGGAGUUGCGGCGGAAUCUGAAGUAGUGCCCAAGGGUCUGAAUAAAGAACAGAUUCUUGCCUGA